UGGAGCUGGAGGCGGGGCGCACGGUGCUACGGCUGAGUGGAAAGAAAGUGGAAAGUGAGAAAAUACCUGAAUGGACAAUCCGGAAUAAGUAAGUAGUAUUUUCAUGUACAAAUUGUGUCCGAAUGGUGCGGGUUGUGAAAUGUUUGCAUGUGUGCUGCUAAAGGGAGACGGAGGAGGAUUCGGGGCGCCGGAGAGCUCCGGUUUCCACAAACAAUAGUCGCCAGGACGCGAUGGUCGCCUUUUUUUGAAACCGCAGGGAAGUUUAGGACCCUCAUCGGCCCCUAUUGUUGUUCCCACUGAGGCCACGUAGCCCAGUGGGUCGAUUUUAAACGUGGGGAGGAAGGGUAUAGUCUUGGAAAUGUUUGUAGGGGGUGUAAAUGAUCCGGUGAGUGAUGCGCAUGGAGGGAAUAACGCGUCCAGUGUGAAUGUAGGCCGGAGCUUUUUCGGAUUUUCUCCUUCCUGGAGAACCGGUGGGAAUUUGAGUGCGUCCAUUCAUUUACUGUGAGGGGAAAGGAAAGGAGGAAGAAAGGGACCGAGCCGUGGGAUCAUUUGGCAUCAGGACGCGAGCGGUGGGGCCUGGGAGUCUCCCAUUGUCCUGCCGAACUACAACACCCUCCUUUUGAGAUUUUAUAGGUCGCACAACUCUUUUCAAUCAACCCCGAAUGCUCACAGUAAGUUAGCCCUUUGGUAGCCCUUUGUAUUAUGUUGCUGAAUUAUUGAUUGUUGUCGCUCCUGAUCUAUUACCUCAUUCAACCGGCUAACGGUGAAAUACGUCCAAACGGCCCAACCGUUAAAAUGUUAAAUACAGAGAAAACAGUGUGGAGAUGCUGCUGUAGCAACAGGCCACGAUUUAUCCAACUAUAAAGAGAGUUUUAUAUCCCUACUGGGGUUAAAAGUCCUUUAUUUUACUCUAGGGAUGAGACUUGUGAGAGAAAACCCUCAGUAUCCAUCUGUAAAUAGUCCCCAAAGUGAUAAAAGUGAUAAAAUGUUAGCUGCCUUAGUAGGACUGUUCGGUGACAUAAAAGCAAAACACUGUAAAGAACAAAAGGUUAGUAUUAUAAGAAUUUAUACCCUUCACAGUUAAGUUUUUGCUGAAAGGUGUGUAGAAACCCCAACAAGACCAUCACAGUGACCGUUAAAGUUAGCAUAUAUCUGUAUUAAGCUAACUGUCCAUUUAUGACCAUAACGACCAACCUUCAUUUCUUUAACCAAACAUUCAUAUAAAACAUUGUUAAAGAACAAUUUAAGAUCUAAAACUAAGUGGAAACUAUUCCUACUGGGGUUAAAAGUCCUUUAUUUUACUCUAGGGAUGAGAAAACCAUCAGUUUCCAGCUGUAAAUAGUCCCCAAAGUGAUAAAAGUGAUAAAAUGUUAGCUGCCUUAGUAGGUGACCUCAAAGCAAUACACUGUAAAGAACAAAAGGUUAGUAUUAUGGGAAUUUACACCUUACGAAAAUGAUACCAAAAAGGGUCUGAAUAUUUCACAGUUAAGUUUUUACUUAAAGGUGUGUAGAAACCCCAACAAGAAUAACACAGUGACCGUUAAAGUUAGCAUAUAUCUGUAUUAAGCUAACUGUCCAUUUGGGACCAUAACUGCCAACCUUCAUUUCUUUAACCAAACAUUAAUUGUUAAAGAACAAUUUAACAUCUGAAACCAAGUGUUAAAAAUGCUUGUUAUAUCCUAUAAUCACUCCUAACUCCUGUUAAAUUGAACUUUCACUGAUAUUUUAAGAGAAAAACUAGCAACCCCAAAUUUUGAGAUGCAGCACAAGCUGUGACGUGACAGUUUGUCGUUAUAAAUCUCUAAAUAAGUAUAUCAGCUUAAUCUUUUGGGCUGUACCACAAACCACAGAGGCAUUAGGUUCCCAAUGUAAUUAUCUCAAAAGUCACAACAAGUUUGUUGAGCAUGUUGUUAUUAGAAGCACAGGCUCCAAAGACAGUGACUGAAAGUGGCAUGGUAGUGAGAGAUAGUUGUCAUUACAGUAAAUGAGAAAUUAAUACAAUUAAGUGUAAAUGAGUCGAGGACAAAUGAUGUCUUGAGGCUGAAGCAUGGGUGUUUUGUCCCAAUCAAGAACAUUAGUUCAGCAAACACUGUAAUAAACACUCACAGAUAGUAGACAAGGUUUAGACCCUGAUUUUUGCUCCCAUGUCUGUUUUUACAGCAUAGCUGCAAACCAGGUUAAACUUUUAAAGCAUUAAUUAAUGUGUUAUAGAUGAAUGAAAUGCAUUUGUGUUAGAAAGUGCAAACAAAACUGUGAAAGAGUUCUAAAAGCCAAAUGGGAGCACCUUGGAAAAGCUAGCACUUUCUGAAAACUGUAAACUACUCGGUUUAUAACGAUAAUACCAGACAGAUCAAUAUAUUGGAGACUUUAGUGAAAUAAGUUGAUUUAUUACAAAGUUGUUAAAUCUGUGAUGCAAACCUUGUUGAUUGAGCACUAAAAUACAGAUAUGCCCAGUCUGUACAAUAUGGUGAUGAUAGUGUCUGCACUGUUUUUGGAAGAUGAAGUGCAUGAACCUACAGCAGGUCCGAGGUGCCACGUUUUGGUGAUUUCUGGGCAUUGUUUAUCAUGUACGGUUACAUGAUUGAUCAAUAAUUGGAACUGAUAUGCGUUGAUACUAAAAAAUAUAGUCGAGACAAAAGAAGACACACUAGCAGCAGAGCCAAGGCAGCACACUUUCUGAUCAAUUGAUUUUAUGAGCUGUCUGUAAAAUAAAAGAAAGAUAUUGACCUUUUGAAGAAAAUAGGUCUGUGUAAAAAAAAAAAAUCUGCAGUGUGCCAUUGCAUUAAUAGCUACAGCUCUAAAAAGUGCAAAAACACAUAUAUUCAAAAGCUGACCUGAGGUAUAGCUCCCAGUUUCCUUUAGCUGCUGCUCUACAUGGCUCACAGAGUACUGGUUUUGCAACAUGCCACUCCUCAAUUGAAAAGGUCCCUCUUUUCUACACAAGUUAGUUCCAAUUCAUGUUAGUCUUAUCUGACUAACAUGAAAUGGUUAAAGAUGGUGUAAAACGCUUUUCCUUGACAUAGUUGUCUUUUUCAGACUUCAUUGUUGACCGCUCAUGCUCCUAAUGCAUUUACAGUGAAGUUGUGAUAACCUUGCAACCUCCAUAGAAAACAAGCUUACAGUUGUCUUUUGAUAAUCAAGUACAAAUAAAACAUUAUUUCAAACUGAUUAAAAAAGUGCAAAUCACAAAGAGCUGAAACUGACCCUAUCCUGACACCAUGGUGGGGACAGCUGGGAAAUAUUUGGGUGUGUUUGGGGUGAGGCAGCUCUCUAAUUUGUUUUUCUUACUGUAGUUUUCUAACAGUUUUAAACGCCCCCGCGCCGCCUAAUAGACCCCAGUCCCGAAUCUGAACCACAUCUCUCUCCCUCUCAGUUUCCGGUCUCUUUAAUUCUUUGUUUGGAUACGAAGACCGAGUGUGUGCAGGGGUCUCUCUGAAUCACAGUACUGAGCGGAGGACAGGCCUGUUGAUUCAACCAUAUCCUGUUGGAUUUGUACUCACACACACAGACACAGCCUCACACAGACACACACCUGCUCUGGUUUGCUGGCCAUGUGUGUAGAGGGCUGACAGUAGCAGUUGUCUUGUUUUUUCGUUGCUUUUACUGAUGUCGUCGCAGGCAGCAGUGGGUGGUGGUCCGCUCUGUGUGUUUAUGUGUGUGUGUGUGUGGCCCUGUUACAGUGAUGAGCCUCUUCCCCUGCUGGACCCAUGGUGUGUGUGUGUUGCACGCUUAUUUUCACAGUUGGUAUAUCAGGCCUCAAAUGGCUGCUGAAUGGAGCGGGUCAUUGCAGAGAUGGUACAGAUUGCUUUUUUUCGCCCUGACAGCUGUCGUCCCAGUGCCAGCAGCUUGAAAUGUUUGAUGACAGCUUGAUUUCUUUCUGCUUGUGGGAAAACAGGGGCUGUGAAAUCUAUGUCUGCGUGUCUGAAACUUAAUGGGACUUUAAAUGCACUUUUGUUGCAGGAAUCAGGAUUCCUGAUUAAAUCUGGUGCUUAAGUAACCCUAAAAGAAGAGUUUGAGCAAAGACUGUAGGGCAUGAACUUACUGACUUCUCUGGAUGUAACACCUACAUCCUCUCUUAAGGGCAAGUUUGGCCUCUGUAAAUGGCACGUUUAUUACAUCAUUGCAUAUGAGUGUUUAACAUAACUGCCAGGUUCAGAGGACGAUAAGGGCUUAUAGAGAAAAAUAAGUAUGAUUUUUAUAUCGUAGAAUUCUGAUCUCCAAAAAAGUUAUGAAUGUGACUGUUUGUGUUUGAUCUCAAUAUUCUGAGGGAAGCAAAGAGAAAAUGAUGUUAAUUUUCCCCUGUGAAUAUCAAGAUUGAAGGUGGAAAUCAGAUUUUUCGUCAGGAUUUUAGGUACAUUUCUGUGAUUCGAAGCAUAAUUCAGAGGAUUUUCUUUCAGGAUCCUGACUUUGAUUUCAUUAUUCGGAGGAAAAAGUUAAUCUCUAGUGAUUAAAAGAACACAUAAUUACGAGAUUAGAGUUAGAAUAUGGAAGUAAAUCUGUGCCAUCUGAUUUUGAAUUUGAAUUUCUAAAGCUGAAUUAAUUUUUUCGCAUCAAAAUCAGACUUUGAAUUUCGAAACUAUUGAAUUUUAAGCAUGCAUUUUUAUUUCAUUUUUUUUCACAAUGAUGAAAUCCAUUCAGUGUAAAAGAAAUCAGUCUCUCAAAAGAUUUGUUUAGUAAAAAUUCAACUUAAAAAGAAAAACUGUAAAAAAAAAAUUCACUAUAAAAAAAAUUCAAUGUCAAAAAAUUUUGUGUAAAACAGACCAACUCAACAUCCGGGUAACCAGGGAGAGCAAUCGAUUCCUGGCUCAAUCACCAUUUUUAACAAUUGAAAUAAACCAGCAGGUGAUGUCUAAACACUCCCUGUGAAUCAGCAGUAACCUACUCCAGGUUAGUCAUAUUAGCUUCCAAGCAUUACAUGACAUGAGAAAGAUAAAAAUCAUUAUGAUUCUAAGAAAUGUCAGCUCCUGAAGCCAGAGUGUAGCUGAACUGAUACAUAAAUGCAUCUCUGCAAAAAUCAGUCAAUAUUGGAUUUUUCUAUUAUCCAGUACUUUCAUAUCAUUUUGGCCAAUACAUAUAGAGAUACACUGAUGAUGAUCCAUUUGAUAACCAGUUAAAAAUCCCUUACAGUGACUUUAAUGUGAAGGGUUUAUAAAUAGACAGAGUAACUGAUCAGGACAACCAAUCAGGAUGGUUAAUGACGACAUCAGUCCUCACACGGCUGAUGUCACAAUCAUGGCACCUGACCAUGAAAUAGUAAACACUGUUGAUUUUAAUUUGUCUAAAAACAAAUGUCAGUUUUCCAGAAGGACUCGUAUGAUUAUAAUGUUGCGGCCUCAGCAGAUUAUCUUACACAGAAAACAGUUAUCUCUCCUGUGGUGUAAUGAUAGAUAUUUAAUGGCUUUACUCUCCCUUUGGCCUGAGCCAUAAACCAGCCAACUGUGGAAUUAGUGGGCACGAAGCCCGACAUUAUAACAGUUAAAUCUCAGACCACACACCUGCACAGAUUACUGAAGCAGCCUGUAGCGGGCUUUUAAGUCCAGCCAGAGAAAAAGAGUGAAUUUCUUUCAUUCAGAUUCAGAAACAGACUUCCUCUGAGGCAGGGUGGGAAGAAAUGGAAGAAAAAAAAACACAGAAGUAUGCUGAAGUGUUGGACAAUGGCUGUCUGUGAACAAUAACUGAAAAGGAUGAAAAGAAAUGAAGAUGCGAAAGGAGAUCUAAAGACGUAAACAGCAGUUUUUCCUCUUUUCUGAAACAGACUGAAACUCUCACUCGUGUUAAAGGAUCUUUUAAUCGUCUGUGUGUUAAUUUGACUUAAACACUCCUGACUGAAGCCGAUGAGAAGGGUCCUGUUGACGCUCAUUAAGUAGGCCAUAGGACACCGGGAUGAAUAGGAAACCUUAUCCAUCUCUACACUGGACCACACCUCUGUGGAUCGAGUGUUUUUGUCUUAUUCUUUCUAACAACUGGACUGAAAGAGAGACGGACAGGUUGGGAGGCAGGCUGGGCUCAAACUGCACUUCUGUUUGUUGCCGUGUAAAUGUAAAACCAACAGAUCAUCAGUCAGUCUUUAUUUACAGAGGACCAAUUCAUCACAACUGUUAGAUGGAGACGCUUUACAAAAAGAGCAGAUGUAGACUUUACUCUGUUUUAUUAUUUACAAAGACUCAAAAACCAGAAAACACUGGACUCAUUCUGAUCUGACAUUAAUCCACCAUGAGUGAGACGCUUUCCAGCAUCUGCAGACUCAUGUUAGACAUCCGCUGCUACUGUGUCAGAAUCAAUCAGUCAAUCUUGUGUUUGUGUCAUCCCAAGACUCUGAACAAAGAAUCCAGUGUAGAUCAUCCUCUAUUUACAAAGACCCGAUGUAAGGAUUAGAUCCACUCCCAUCCUAUCUUCAUCCACAUGAGUGAAACAUCGAGCAGAACUAGACUGAUGUUAACCGUCAUCUGCUGAGACUGAGCUGAGUUUAGAGAGGAGAGAGAGAGAGAGAUGGACAGGGACAGACAACAACAGUUUGUACAGAGUGAAGGUCCUUACACACCGGGAAUGACGCAAAUAUACGAAAUAUUCGGAGGCGAAUUUUGCCGUGUCAGACUAUACACAUCAAGUACGAUGCGAUUUUGCAACUUUCAGGGGGGAAAAAGACGCGUCCCGGGUGGAAGCGAGAAGACUGACACAACAGACACUAGUGUAGAGAUGACUGUCUGUCAUGAUAGCAUGUACUGAUUGAACAUUGCUGAUGUGAACGUUUGUAUUGACAGGAUACGGGUUGGGAAAAAAAUUUUGAUGUCCAAAAUAAUUGCUCGAAAAAAACGCUCGUGGUGUGUAAGGACCUUUAUGGUUAGCACUGGGUGAUAAACUGAAAAUUUACCGAUACUGAAAUACGGAAAUUUAUGACAAUAACCAGCGUCAUUUUGCCCAUAUGGGUAUAUUUGGUGUAAAAAAAAUGGAUAAAUAAAAGUUGGUUUUGGAUGUGUGUAGGUAGGCUAUGGUCUCAUGUCUCUUUAAGACGCUGUCCUACGUCAGAGACGUGACUCCGCCCCAUCCAGUCCGUAACAAAAGACAGGUGAGGAGAUGGAGGACUGUUCAAAAGUUGUAGCGGCUGAAGUAGACGAAGUUAAUGUGGGAGGGGAGGAGCAGCUCUUGGAGUAGUUAUCGUCCGUUUAUCGUUAUCUGAGUGAACUGCUCAAUAUAUCGUGAUAUUGAUUUGAGGCCAUAUCACCCAACCCUACCUCUGACCAGCCUGGCUUCAUAAGAGAGUCAGAAAAGCUCCAGCCUCAAAGCUCGCAGCUUCACUUGUUUUAUCAGAUUUUUUUAUUCAUUUACAAAGUGAAGCAUUUUGAGUCCACUUGACUUUCUUCUCUUCGUGGGUCUUUAAUUUCCUCGGUAAAGAAACAUUCUGGUGUGUAACUCAGUCUGGUUUCAUAUUUCACACCCUACACUUCGUAAACUCCAUGUGCUAUCAAAGUGUAUCAUGUUAAUAAGUGUUUUUGAUUCCAGCACUGAGUUAAUUAGCUGUUAGACUCAACUGCAUAUGCACCUCGACGUCACAUCAGUGGCACUGACCUUCUCUUUUAACGCAACAAGAAAACUACCUGUAAUAAGAGCACCGUGAGUUUAACACCCACGUCUGUCAGGCUCCUCAUCAUCAAUGAGUAACAAAGGCCUCCUGUCGGACAUAUGUCGUCUUCAACCCACAAACAGAAGAAAUAGUGAUCGUCCUGUGAUGACAUAAGAGGAGAUAAACGCUAAAAAUAUGAUUCAGAUUUGAGGCUUGGAUGACAAAGCAGUUCUGUCGCUCCAAUAAAGCUUUUGUUUCAUGGAGACUCUCCCUAACCGCUCUCCAUAUGCUUGUUGUCCCACAUGUGUCUCAUUAUGUGAAUUAUAGGUCAAACAUAGGUGCUGUGACAUCAUGUGGGCACAGUAUCAUUAAGAGUCUGAGGUCAGCUCUUUGGAACGAAGGAGGCAAACGUCUUUGUGAAGCAUCUUUGAAAAGAAAACCACAUUUCUGCUGUGACACUGACCUCCUCACAGCGGCUAGUCUUUAAAAAUCUCAUAUUGUUGUUUCUCCGUCUGGACUUCCACAGUGAUAUGUGGUGUACUCCUCUUCCUGUUCUUCUUCUCCAAUCUGCUCUUUCAUGCUGUGCUCUGACUAUCUGUUCCCCAGACCCGUCAGACCAGCAGAGACGGACAGAUCCUGAACCCUGACUCUCCUUUAUCUGCUUAUUCAGUUUUGAUGUCAUGCUGCAAUAUCUAAAACACAUGUUUGCUCAUGUCGUGCGACAUUUAAAGGGCAGAUUUGCCUGUUUUUGUAGAGAUAACAUGUGGUGGGCAUGACAGACGAGUUUUCUGCAUUUUAUAUGGUAUAAAAGCGCAGCAGGACUCUGUACUUAAGACGCGGAUUUCUCUGCCAAAACUGCAGAUAAAAGCUCAAGAUGAUGUUCAAGAAAAAGCCUGUUUUGUGUUUGAGUUUUGCGGUUUGGAAAAGGCAUGCUGUUGAGGUUUUGCAGAUCCCUGCAGGGAGCUAAAAGCUUCUGUAGUCUGUUAAAACUUAGUGGUUUUAUUGGUUCUUCCUCCUGAAACGAAAUGUCAACGAAAGGCGGUAAAACAAAGAAGUGCACAAAGAAUCUGACGAGGACAGACUCUGAGAAAUCCCACAGACAGAUCUGUUGUUGGACAGUAUUUGGCUUGAAGGGAAGUAGAUUUUUGAGCACAAUGGUGGUGCUGGAGCAGAAACACCACAUUAAGUAAAACCAGGACCCUGUGAGACAGUGAUGGCAGCAAACGUCCGUCUACAUGUCCCACAAAGGUCCAAUCAAAGCCGGCGAGCCUCACCCAGCCUUUAUCAAUUAACCACCAUAUGACAGACCCACAUCCGUCAUGCCAACACUUUUAGUUCUGGGAUUUUUUCUUCCUGCAGCGUGGAGAACAGGGUGGCAGAGGGCGGCGUGAGGUCAGGUUUCCACGGCAACUGUCAACCUUCAGCCCCCCUCCCCUCCGGCUGAACACCCUCUUUCAUCGCCAUGGCAGCGGAGAGGCCCUGUUUCCCGGGGGACGAGGGGAGUGAGGGAGGGAAUGUGAGACGGCGAGAGGGAGGGAGAGGGCAAACAAGUUUUGUGAAAACACAGUAAUCCAAUAUGGCCGCCAUUGUGUCAGAGCUAACGGCGGCCAAAGCCUGCUCGUCUGUGAGAGGAGAUACAGUCGUGUGAUGAUUAACCCCGGCUGAGGCCUGGAAGACGUGAUGUGAGGACUCAGAGAUGUAAGCGAGAAGGCUCAGCUCCGAGGGUUAAUGUGUGUUAGAUCAUCCGCGUGGAGGAUCAGAGCGGAUCCUCAGGUUAAUAAAUACAUCACAGACUCUUAAUUCAGCCUCACUUCCUCAGUGUUCCUGUCCACUCUCGCAUUAACUGAAGUUUGGGGCAGAGGUGAACAGCUGAGUCAUUUUACCCCAACCAGGAAGAGACGAUCAAAACAAGCUGAAAUGUGACAGCAUAAUCGUUUUCCUUCUGGAAGAGCCGGAUCAGACCAGUUUCUUCAGACUGAGGCGCUAAGAGACGAUUAUUCUGAUGAAAGUGGAGAAAAAGUCAAAGUGAAAACUACACCAAAAGGGAAACUCAUCAAAAGUUCCUUUUGGGAGUCAACAUUGUCAUGGCAACACUUAUACGGACAUGUUGUCAUAGUUGCAGAAUAAGGUAGAUAGAAGGGUAGAUAGAAGCCAAUAAGAUAACAAGAUCAAUUAUCUCAGGAGUAAGGUUGACCUGCUCAUCUUUGCGUAUGGUGCGGAAAAAAGCAAAAUCGGAUGCCUGAAGAAAGAUGGCUGCAUCUGUGAAAGUUACUUGAGCACUUGCCUUGUAUUCAGACAAGGUGAUUUUGCUUUUUUCCGACUUGGUAACUGAGACGCUGGGAACUUGGGUGUGACAGCAUUUUCAGCUCAGACAUCUGACUACUAGAUAUAAGAUUUAGUACCUCUAUCUCCGCCUAAGUAUUUAUAUGACCCAUCUAGGUGUUAUUUGUCUAUUAAUAAAUAGGGUUGUCCCGAUACAACUUUUAUACUUUCGAUACGAUACCAAUAUUGUAGCCUUUGGUAUUGGCCGAUACAGAUAUUGAACCAGUAUUAGCACAAAAUUGUGCAUGACACACGGUCACUAAUAUUGGAUAAUUUAGAUGCAGGCCGAUAUGAUUGGAUAAUCGUUUUUUUUGCUGAUAUCGGAUUGAUAUCUGAUAUCAAUAUCGGAUUGGGACAUCCCUAUUAUUAAAUUGAAUGAGUGUUCAUAUGCACGUAUUCUAAUGUGUUAUUUAAUAAAGAGGUGGUUUGUAAAAAGAACUGUUUUCAAAGUGGUAACAGUAUUAUUGUGAUGAUUGUCGGAGUAGAGUUGUUGGGUAUUUGUGACUAAAAAUAGUCUUUGCAGAAGUUGCCGUCAGAUUGAGGCGAUUCUCAAAAUAAGAUCUGAUCAGACUAAUUUAAUCUGAUCAGACUGAUUUAAUCUGAUCAGCUGUUGCUUAAAAGCCUCGAUGAGAAGAUGCAGAGAUGCUAUUUUGGUCUAAACGUUUUGUCUUUUCUGUGUGUUUCAGAUCCCAGCCACUUCAGGUCCCCCCUGCUGCGACUCUCCUACCCACCAUCCUCUCCCACCCCUCUUCUCCUCCUCUCUGACGCCUCCUCCCCCCCGCCUCCCCUUCUCCUGCUCCCUCCUCAUCGGCCUCCAAGAUAGAUUCCCUCAGGAGUAAGGUUGACCUGCUCAAGCUGCCCCUCGCUCUCUCCACCAAGUCAAUCUCCGAGCGCAAGAGCCAGCUGGGAGGAGUCUGCGAGCAACGCGGCACGGCGGGAGGAGGAGGAGGAGGCGGGGCUCGUAAAGCCCGCUCACCGCCGAUCCGAGACAUGGACAACGAGUCGCAGUACUCGGGCUAUUCGUACAAAUCCUCCCACUCAAGAAGCUCCCGAAAGCACAGGUAGAUACAACGCAGGUGGUGUAAAAGAUGCUGACACUUCUCUGUUUGUGUUAAACUAUGGCGGCUAACUUCACACAGCGUGUUUGCCUGAGGAUUAACAAGUCUUACACAGUGUUGACUUGUCUGCAGUUAGUUGCUUCCCACUCAACAAGAACCGUGGUCUUCUUCUGUUUAGUUUGAACUAGAGGAUAACAUCUGCUAACAUCAGUUUGAUCAGGUGUUAGCUCAAACUUGAAGUCCAAGUAAUUUGUACCUUAAUAGCAUCAUAAAGAACACGUCUGUGCUGACAGAUUCAGUAGAUAACCCCUCAUAUUGUCGUGUUUUGGUCUUGCAGGGAUCGGAGGGACCGUCAUCGCUCAAAGAGCAGAGACAGCAGCAGUCGUGGAGACAAAUCAGUCACGAUCCAGACUCCAGGAGAGCCUCUACUGGAUGCAGAGUCGACCCGUGGAGAUGACAGGGUCAGUCACACAUAUAUUUGCUCAGGGUUGUGUUUAAAUUUUUGUGUUAAAACCUGCAGAAAUAUGUGACUCUGUGCCUCUGUCUCUUUGUCUGACAGGAUGAUAACUGGGGUGAGACCACCACGGUCGUCACCGGGACCUCUGAACACAGUAUCUCUAACGAGGACCUAACCCGCGUCACCAAAGACUUGGAGGAGUCCACUCCGCUGGAGUGCAAACGCUUUCUCGGCCCAGCUCUUGGGGGCUGCCUGAGUUUCUUCGCUCUGGUCACCCCCCUGGCCUUCCUCAUCCUCCCUCAGGUCCUGUGGCGUGACGUCUUGGAGCCCUGCGGCACACCCUGCGAAGGCCUCUACGUCUCUCUGGCCUUCAAACUCCUGGUCCUGCUUAUCUCCUCCUGGGCGCUGUUCCUCCGCCCACCCCGGGCCACGCUGCCCCGUUUCUUUGUGUUUCGCUGCCUGCUGAUGGUUCUGGUGUUUCUGUUCGUGGCGUCGUACUGGUUGUUCUACGGCGUGCGGGUGCUGGAGCCCAAAGAGAGGGACUACAGGGGGAUUGUGGAGUAUGCGGCCUCGUUGGUGGACGCCCUCCUCUUCAUACAGUACCUGGCUCUGGUGCUGCUGGAAGUGAGACACCUGCAGCCGGCAUUCUGUCUGAAGGUGGUCCGGAGCACAGACGGGGCCAGCAAGUUCUACAAUGUGGGACACCUCAGGUAAGACCUGAUGGAUGAGAAGUUCCGUUUGUAACAGGCCUUUGUUCACUCAGCAGCAGACAUGGACUUGGUUUGGUCGUGAUGUUCGGCUCUCUGUGUUUCAGUAUCCAGCGGGCAGCCGUCUGGGUGUUGGAUCGGUAUUACAGCGACUUCCCCGUCUACAACCCGGCUCUGCUCAACCUGCCCAAGUCCAUCCUGUCCAAGAAGAUGACGGGCUUCAAGGUUUACUCUCUGGAUGGUAAAUACAGCCUCUCACAGCUAUGAAUCAGGUGUCCUUGAUCGUGUUAACUCCAUCAGUAGCACGUCUACAGCUUAGUUUUCUUUUCUUUUUGUUUUGUCUUGUAGAAAACACGACAAAUAACUCCACAGGACAGUCCCGGGCCAUGAUAGCAGCCGCUGCCCGGAGGAGAGACAACUCCCACAAUGAGUUUUAUUACGAGGAGUGCGAGAUGGACCGCAGGGUCCGCAAACGCAAGGCCAGGUCAGAGAUAUUCCUCCUUCUCUCUCUCUUUAGGAAGUACCUGAUACUCUCUCUCAACAGGGAGUUCAUUGUGUGAGGUGUGACAGCGAGAGCAGCAGACGCACAAAUAAACGUGAACACGACUCAGACAAUGAAAAUGCACAGAGUGAGAAACUCGCAGACAACAAGUCGUCUUUGUGUCGAGCACAAAGAGAAGAUUUAGCUCCACUUGAGUCAUGGAAACCUGUGACCUGAGACUGAACACUCAGCGUAACGUGGUUUUUGUCUCAAACUAAUGCAGACAUCAUCUAUCAGGAAUUUAUUACAAGAUGCUGUCCUCAGGGGUGAACUUUUGACCUUCUGCUCUCCUGCCUCCUCGUCUAUGUGAGAACAGUUUGUGUUUGUUUGUAAGUGGAAACUAGCAGGUAACAAACAACAAACAAAUCUAUCUUAUUUAAGAGCUACACAACCAGAGAAAUCUGUCUUGGGGAUGUUGGCAACUCUUUUACUUGUUCUUAUCCUUUUUUGACAUAUUUUGCUGCUUGAGUUACUCAAACUUCUGUUAAUUGAUGGAGCUGUUAACGACAAUAGUGAUGCAUCUUUAAAGCAAACGAGACCAGGAGCAAGAAUUUCUCAGCUGUAACUUUUAAAGUCUUAAGCUGCUGGGGGGGGGUCUGACCAGAUGAUUGACAGCUUGCAAAUACUCACAGUGAGUGAUGCACUUCAAUGUUGACAGACGACAGGGUGAGGAUUUUGUCUACUUUCACAUCUUCAUGACAGGAGAUGAGGUGCCUCUUUUUGACCACAGGGGGGCGCCAGAUCCUACAGAUCAAGGUUUUUUACAGCAGCUUUAACCAAUUGCAGCAAUGCAAUUAAACAGCCGAGUAUCAUGUUUUUUCAUGUUUUGUGAAGAAGUUAAAAUAUUACAUUAAUUCAAAACAUGGGAAAAGUUUCAAAUUGUGACUGAAGACGAGGGUAAGAGUGUCAGCUGCUUUAAAAAACUUCACUAGUUCAGUUCAGACAAGUGUAUUUAUCCUAAAGGAGGCGUUUUUGUCAGUUUACUCAGACCAUACUGUAUAUAUAUUUAUACUAAAUUUACAAACAACAUUACAGAUACAUGUCAGAGACAGCCAAUAGAUAAACGGUAAAUUGGCAGAGAUGUCUGCUUCAAGCAAUGACACACAGAAGGAGUAGGUAAAUUUUUGUCUUAAACUUUAUGGGCCAGAUUUGGGGUCAGAAAACAUGUGGCCUUGUUUCAUAAUUAAACAGAGAAAGUGAUUUCGGACCCCCUCGAAAACAAGAUGGUGCAUCACAAGUGGCUAUCCUAAAUAAACUGAAUUGAAUUGAAUUAACUUAUUAUGACUUUGUGGCACGACAACAGUGGAGGAGGCUUCUGGAGUGCAGCAGCAGUGGCUAAAAUUCAGUGUCCUAGACAGAGGCUAAAAUGAUGCCAAAUCAUGUAAAGCUGCUACAAGGCCAUCAGUAAUGAGCAUUUUACCUCCUCUCUAAAGGAAAUGUUUGAGAGAGGUUUUGGAUCUGCCUGCAGCACAGAGUUUCUAAGUUGUUUCAGAGAACUAGUUCAUGCACAACACACUGAAAUUUAGCUUGAAAUUCUUCCAACUUCUCAUUUGUCUGUGAGCAAAACAUGCAAAAGUUUAAUCCGGUAAAAAAGAAAUGAAAUUGACUGUUUGUGUGAAUUGUUGAAGCUGAUCGAACAAAACAUCUGACUGUCAAGACAAAUGUUUCUAAAAACCUAAAAAGAAUCUCUGAAAAUGGGUCGAGUUUCUGCUCAGUAAGAACCUCACAGCUGACGGCGUCUAUCUUCUAUCUUCUUUUCAAACUCUCUUUAGGUUGGUCGUGGCGGUGGAGGAGGCCUUCACACACAUCAAACGUCUCCACGAAGAAGAGGUCGCCUCGUCCCCCAAACACCCGAGAGAGGUGAUGGAUCCCCGGGAGGCAGCCCAGGCUAUCUUUGCCUCGAUGGCCCGAGCCAUGCAGAAAUACCUGAGGACCACCAGGCAGCAGGCUUUCCACAGCAUGGAGAGCAUCCUCACACACCUGCAGUUCUGCAUCACACACAACAUGACGCCCAAGGUGAGGAGAUCAGAGGAGCUUAGUUACUCCUCCAUGGAGAUCUUCAGGACCUCUUCAAAAUGAGUCCCAUGUCUUUAACCGCCUCCAUUCUUCCUCUCAGGCGUUCCUGGAGCGGUACCUCACCCCUGGCCCCACCAUGCAAUACCAGCAGCAGAACGGCAGAGGGCGCCAGUGGACCUUAGUGAGCGAGGAGCCGGUGACCUCAUCCCUGCGCCAGGGUCUUGUCUUCUCCCUGAGACGCCUCGAUUUCUCCCUGGUGGUCACGGUGACGCCGCUCCCCUUCCUGCGGCUCGGAGAGGAGUUCAUCGACCCAAAGAGCCACAAGUUCGUCAUGAGGCUGCAGUCAGAGACCUCGGUGUAAAAAAAAAAAAAGAUGGUGUCCCUCGCUCUGGAUGGAUCUCACUCCUGUGGUGGGACAUGCGGAGGCCACACGGUCCUUCAAAACUCAAUAAUGUCUGUCUGAUGACAUAAAACCCUCGACAGGAGAGGGGCGUGCGAAUAACCCUUUACAGACACUCUGAUAUCAGAUCAGCUCGAUGAUUGUCCACACCUGGAUUAAACGGAUGCCUUCACUUUUUCUUUUUGUGUUUUUACAACACGAUGUUAAAAAAAAAAUACACAUUUUCCUGAAGGGGGAUUUUUCUCUUUUUGCUGUAACCACUGGACUACAUUACUGUGCUGAAUCGACACAUGAACACCAGAGGAGGGGAGACUACGACGUGUGUCACUUCCUCUUUCUGGUGUUUUGAAACAGACCUGAUCACUGAUGUACCACUGCCGCUCAGCUCCCUGUCAGUGUGACGUUUUCAGACCACAAGGGCGAUUUUUACCUGAACUGGUGUGACGUUUUUAUUUGUACUUACAGAAUGUAGCAUCAUGUGCUUUGAAUUCACACGUGGCUUUUCUGCAGCCUGAAGGCCAAAACGACUUUUUAUUUCACUGUAGAGAAACACGGAGGAACAUCCCUGUGCUGAUUUUACUUCAAGUGUUUUUAUAUUCAUGACUCUCAGCUUUUGGUUUAACAGUUUCAGCAAGAAGACUGAACAAAGACCUCAUUUACACCUGGUAUUAAAUCACACAUCAAAUCUUGACCUUUAAAUCCUGACAAAAUCCUGACAAUCCUGCUGACGAUAGAGUAAUAAACUGAAAAUACUGAUACACACAAAGUUGUUUAAGAAAGAAAAUAGCUGCGAAAACACGACAUGUAAAUACAUGAAACUGUCUCUCCAGUCUCCAUAUAAGUAUCCAAUCAUAGGGAAGUGCUACCAACCACAGAGGUUAACUACCAGGAUGGCACAAACCGACGUCUAUAAAAAGCUCUGUACACCUGGAACGCAACUUUAGUCCCUCUAAACCAGACCCAGUCUUAUCCACCGGUGUAACUUAUAUUCCAGACUUUACGGUAAUCUUCUUAAAAUCUAAAAAGACUUUGAAAGAAAAUGUUCAAAAUCUAAAUUUAAAGAACCUAAAUAAAUAAAUACAUCUGCUUCAUUGAUUUACAAAUAAUGUUACUUGGGGUGGCCAGUUACUUUUCAAGGGGGGUGCCACCUCCUGGAUCCGCCCCUGCAGAUUGCAAAGUAUCUCUAUUCAUGUAAUUGGAAGAUUUCAAAAACCUCCAAGAGAGGCUUUAAAAGGUCAAAUCAUAUCAGAGAAAAAAGUAGAAGAUAGGAUUAAAAUCAUAGAUCAGCUCUUUAAAAUCUGUACAUUUAUAUUCAAUCCUAAAUGAGUAGACAGUUUAUAAUGAUCAGGGUUAUUCCUACUAUAAUAUCUCCUGUCUGUACCAGGUGUAAAUGGGGUUUUCUUCUGUCUUCUCCAGGAUUUUUAUCAAACUUCUCACAAACUGGCAGCUUUAGUCAAACUAUCAGCUGACUUUUAUUUUCACUCUCACUGUUUUUAUGCUUCUUAAGUAAAGACGUGUGAUUGUACCUCCUCUCUGCAGCUCCUCUGCAGCAGUAGCGUCUCACCGCCUCGCCUUGCGCCCUCAACAGUGACCUUGCUGCCUCUAUCCUAACACGGCCUUACUCCACACCUAAGGAAGACUCCUCCUUUCUAAACUUACUGUACGGCUGAAACUCGCCUGAAGUUGAGACUUGAGCCCCUCACAACCCGACUCACGUAAAAUCUGAUCUGGAAAAUCUCCAAACCACACGGUCUGAUGUUUCAUUUGAGAGAUGUUUUUUUUUUUUAAAUGCAUGCUAGAGGUGAUUCAGGCUCACACACUUUUUGUAAUAACUUGUUUUCUAUCAUUUUGAAGGUGCCUAAGUUAUGACGAUGCAAUUUUUCUGAAUGUUUUUACUUUGGAGAACUAAGUGGCUUGUAAAAAAAAUUGUAGAUUUGUCAUGUAUUUUUUCUGCUUUUGGUAACUGUAGUUUGUAUAGUGUGUUAGGCAUUUUUGCAUUAUUAAACCAGUUAUUCCUUACA